AUGGUCCUUGCCACAACUCUGAGACUGCAGCUCGAAUCCAGGCAUAAGGAGUUGGGGUCCUGGCGAGUGACAGGCGGCGCCCCCCCAGAAGGGAAGAACGGAAGAGCAUUUUACAAGGGUUCUGUUCACAGAGCGGUCGCCUGCGCUGUGGCAGGAUGGAGCAGCUGGAGUCGCUGUGUCAAGCCCUGCCAGGUGUCCUACCGUGUUCGCCGGAGGCGUGUCCUACAGGAGCCAAGGAAUGGGGGUGUCCUCUGCCCCCCCCUGGAAGAGCGGGCUGGCUGUGUGGAGUACCAGAGCCUCCAGGGAGUGGAGUGCCAGCAGGCCCUGGUCCCUGCUCUGAUAACCACAGGCAGCUACGGGAAAGAACGGGAUAAGCGAGGUAUUCCCAAGAAGCAGGCAACAGUGGGGUACUGUGUCCAUUUCCGGUUGGGGUCUGUUCCAGAGAGCUGCGGGCAGGUGAGGGCACCCCAUGCCCAGUGGACAAGAUAUCUGGCCCAGGGACACACAGUCUGCGUGAGGUGUGAGUGGCCUGCCCAGGACGCCAGGAGCCGGCGCUGCUAUGGGGACGGCAGAGGGGCCAGAGGACACGGGAUGCAGCAGUGGCGAGCGGCCGGCCAGCCCCGGUGCCGAGGGACCUGGGAGAGGCUGGGGCAGCUCCAGGACUGUCCCUGCCCUGCAGUCCACAGCCUCGUUUUCAUCUAGCGUCCCUGUCCCCUCGCUGCCCCACCUCCCUCUUCCCAAAGCCUCCAGGGAUGGUGGGGAGGCCCGGCGAGGGGGGUCCCCCAAGCGGGGAGGAGGCGGCAAUUUGGGGACCGAAGGGGCAAGCCUUGUCAUCAUGUUGACACUGAAGAUAGCUGUAUGCUCCCGCUGGGUGUCGGCAGAGUUGCAGCCUUGUGACAUCUCCCUCUGCCAGUCAGGCUUCCGGGAUUUCAUCUCCUGAACACUCUCCAGGCCUCUGCCCUCUUCUUGAAGUCCAUUUUGCUUGUUAAAUGAACUCUCCACCUCCCUCCCUUUUUUAUUUAAAUAAAAUUUAA